ACAAUACAAUGUGGCGGGACGGUGGAGAUUUAUCUAAACUCGUUUAAAAACGCGGAUGGAAAGGUUGCUGGAAAUGGUCGUUGUUGUGAUGCUAUUUUUGUUUUCUGCGAGGGCGCUUGUGAUCAUGUUUUUAUAUUGUGCUUGGAUGACCGCAAUGGUCCAUCAAGCAUGUCAUCAUGUGAGUAUGGCUCUAUUCGGACAGGAAAAAUUGUAGAUAACAACGUGAUCACGUUUGAUAAUAGUAUCGGUGGGACUGACAACCCCAUGGUAUUUUCAUUCUCAAAAUGGCCGGGAUCAAUGAAACUGAAGGUUCGGGUAGAAGAUUUUGAUAAUCUGAAAAAAAACGACUUUGUAAGUUUCCACCAGACAUUCAUAGAGCAGACACCGUCAAGGUCUAGAUCAACCGCUGGAGAAAAAAAUGUUGCAAUACAUAAUCGAACGAGUUUAUCUCUGACAUUCAAAGUAUAUUGUAACCUAAAGUAUUAUGGCCCCGAUUGUACGGUAUUCUGUGAACAAAGAGAUGAUUACAGAGGACACAAUACAUGUCACAAUAAGACCGGAGAGAAAUUGUGUACAGCAGGUUGGACCGGUCAAGAUUGUGACAGGAGUGUUGAUGACUGUAAAAGUAAUGAAUGUCGUAAUGGUGGUAUUUGUAUUGAUGGGUACAUGUCAUACACGUGCAGAUGUCCUGAACGAUAUACAGGGUCUCGGUGUGAACAAGAUAUAAACGAGUGUUCUGAAUCCCCGUGCAAAAACAACGGCACCUGUAAUAAUUAUAUCGGGGGUUUCAAUUGCGCGUGCGCCGUGCAAUGGACAGGACUGGAUUGCACUGAAGAAGUUGAUUUUUGUGAAGAUAACCUUUGUCAAAAUUCAGCAUGUGUUGCUUUCGGAACAACUUAUUCUUGUUCCUGUAACAGUGGUUGGACAGGAAAAUUUUGCGACGUCAAUAUUGAUGAAUGUCAGAAUAACCCGUGCCAGAAUAAUGCCACGUGUGUUGAUAAUGCUGGAAGCUUUAUUUGCACGUGCAUAGAAGGAUUCCAUGGACGUUAUUGCGAGACAAACAAGGAUGAGUGUUCCAGUUUUCCUUGUAUGAACAAUGGAACAUGCACUGACCUUAUCAAUGACUUUCAGUGCCAAUGUUCAAGUGGGUUUACUGGUUCUUUGUGCCAAAAUGACGUCGACGAGUGCACGAGUUCUCCAUGCAAGCACGGAUCAACGUGUGAAAACCACGAUGGCGGUUUUAACUGCCGUUGUGUAAAUGGAACCGUCGGAGAUUUGUGCGAAGGAAAUAUUAACGAAUGUGAAAGUAAUGGUUGCCAGAAUGGCGGAACAUGCAUAGAUCGUAUUGGAAUGUUUGAAUGCGCAUGCGACGAUGAAUUUACUGGUAAAUUAUGUGAAAAAGCUAAUCCGACAGAGACUCACUGGUACGCAAUUGGGAUUAUAAUAGCAGCUGUUGUUGUUUUUGCAGCUGUUCUUGUAAUCUUACGAACUGUAAAACAUUACAGGAAAUCAAGGACGACAUUUGGAUCGGCACAAAGCAGGGCUACACAAGGAGAUAGGAAUUUUGAUGGAUUUGGUAAUGUAAAUGUUGUAUAUGAUUACGCACAAUCUCCGUGCGUUGAAUCAACAGAGUACAAGCUAGCAUCAGAUGACGCACAACCUCCGUGUGUUAAAACAAAAGAGUACAAGCUAGCCUCAGAUGACACAGAAAAUAUAUAUAGCAAAAUAGACUGAGAGGACUUCCAUUAACAAAUCAGCAAAUUUAGCAAAAGAGAAAAAAAGAGAAAAGAAAAUCAAUCAAAUGCACAAUCAAACAAAAUAUUAUAUAAACAAAAAAACAAAAACAAAAAACAACAAAAAAAAACAUUUUAGCAAUGCACAUAUGAUCCGAAAAUUGGUGAAUGUACACGUAUGAAUAAUCAAUUGUAAUGAAUAAUUGGUACAUUGGUACAUGUAUAUCUAAAUGAAUGUCAUUAUCAGUUGGUAAAUAUACAUGUAUCUAUAAUCAAAAGCCAAAAUUAAUUGGUACACAUACAUGUAUAUGUAUGUAUAUGUCAUGACUAAUUGGUACAUAUACAUGUUUAUGUAAGUAAAUGCCAUUUUAAUUGGUACAUAUAUAUGUACAUAUAAGUAAAAAUAAUAAUUAUUAAUUGGUACAUAAACAUGAUUAUAUAAUCAAAUUCAAAUAUCAAAUGGUACAUAUACAUGUAUAUAUAAUGAAAUGGCAUUAUCAAUUGGUACAUACACAUGUUUAUAUUAGAAAAUGGUACAUCAACAUGUAUAUAUUAGAAAAUAUCAUUAAUAGUUGGUACAUACACAUGUUUAUAUUAGCAAAUGUCGUUAACCAUUUUGGUGUGAAAAACUGAACCUGUAUAUGUAAGCAACUGUCAUAAAUGAUCGAUACGUAUACACGUAUAUAUAAGCAAAUAGCAUUAAGAAUUGGUACAUAUAAAAUGUACACAUAAGCAUGUCAUUAAUCAUUUUAGUAUGUAAAAACUGAACCUGUUGUCAAAAUAAUAUACAUGAGCUUUUAUAUAUUUAUCUUGUUUACGAAUUAUUUAGUACAUCCUGUAUUUAUGAAAUGAAAUCGCUUGUCAACAAUUUAACCAUUACUUUACCCUACUGGAACCGAAAGUGAUUUGUCUUUGCCAACAGUAUUCUUAGAGGCAGACAAAACGGUCCGACCUUGUAGCUGACCCAAACUUGAUAUCCUUUAAAUCUAAAAUUACAGUUCAAAAAUGGAAGCCAAACAUUAGUCCAUUUAACAAACUUCCGAUUAAAAAGUAUUUGGUUGAUUGAAAAGUUUGGUGCCAUGGAAUAGCCUAAAAAUGUGUUUCCUGGCAUCAUAGUAGCAUGUCAUAAAAACAACAACAUUGGCUGUGAUUUCGUAAUGACUUACAUGAAACUAGUACCUGAACUGAUGUUAAGCUCGCUAACCACACAACUUUCUAAGUUAAAAGUUUAAAAAACAAAACAAACCAACGAAAUUUGCACGGACAGACAACGCCAAAACAAUAUCCCCCUCCCGAUUCCAUCGGCGGGGUAUAUUAAACACGGCCUAAUUUGUGAAAUUUAUUUGAUCUGCUUUGCGUCUGGAACAGUCCGUUUGAAGUUAAUACAAUUACAGAAAUUAAGCAAACAAAAGCAUGGAGCUUGGUCAGACAGCUGGCCUGGCUCUAUACUUUUGAUGGCAAAGACAGGUCACUUGCGGCUACACCAGGUUAAGGGUUGAUAUAAAGGUAGAAACUUACCUUUCUUUAAGUUACACAUGUACAUUAUAAUAUUUGUAGAUAGAAGAUUUGAAGGUUUUUAAUUGUAUAUACUUGUGAAUGUACAUUUAAAGAAGAAACUUUUUUGUUUUCAUAAUGUGUAUUAAGAUUAAUUUAAAAUUUUUUUUUAAUUUUCAUAUAAACAGAAUUUUUAAAGCUUUAAUAUAUUUACGAUGAUGAUGAUAAUGAUGAUAAUCAUCCUCAUCCUCCUCCUUAUCAUCAUCAUCAUCAUAAUCAUACUACUACUAUUACUGCUGCUGCCACUACCACCACUACUACUACUACAAUUAUUAUCAUUAUUAUUAUUAUUAUUGUUAUUGAUCAUAUGAUAAAAUUUGAGAAUCAGAAUUCUUUUUGGUUAGUUUAAACUACAUGAUAAAUUAUUCUGAAAUUUUAAGUACUAGAUAGCAUAUUUUCAACUCACACUAAUCUUAUUAUUUUAUGUGCUUUAUCGUUCUUAAAUAUUUCUCAAUCUAAGUGUUAUCAUUUAGGUUUCCGUUCUUCCAGUUAUCAUAAAAAUAUUUGGUUUAUUUUAUUUGAUAUGGUAUUACAAUAAAAAUUUCUUUUCCUAUUCACAUACAAAAUAUGUAUUUUCACAGAUCAUUAAACAUUCCUCACACUAUAAUUUGAUCAUGUAUUAUAUUUUUCUUUGGAUAAUUAGUCACCUAUUUUAUGUUUCUCACCAAAUGUUUAGAAUAAUUGUUUUCAUAAUCAUUGUGUCUUAUAGGACCAUUUUUACAGAAUGCAUGCUGAUUUUAAUUCAUUAUAUAUACAACCAUAGUUUUAUAUCUUAACAUAUUACGCAUUGAUAAAAUGUUUACUUACUUACUUACUUACUUACUUACUUGUUUCGUUACAGAUACAAUGACAUGACGAUCUCAUAUAAUAGAUCACAUUAUCAGUGUUCUUUUAUAUGUAGGCUGUCUAAGCCUAUGAUUGCAUUUAUCAGAAUCUUUAAGCUAUCCUUUGUGUCAGCCUGUCUAAGUUUCUGUAUUUGUCAGAUUAUAAAUUAUCUUCCUUUUGUCAGACUGUCUAAGUCUCUGUAUUUGUCAUGUUAUCAAAGGUCUCCCUUGUGUCAGACUGUCUAAGCCUCUGUGUUUUUCAGAUUAUCAAUUAUCUUCCAUUUGUCAGAUUAUCUAAACCUCUGUAUUUGUCCGGUUAUCUUAGCUCUCUCUUGUCAAACCUGUCUAAGCCUCUGUAUUUGUCAGAUUAUCUUAGCUCUCUCUUCUCAAACUGUCUAAGCCUCUGUAUUUGUUCGGUUAUCUUAACUCUCUCUUGUCAAACUGUCUAAGCCUCUGUAUUUGUCCGAUUAUCUUAACUCUCUCCUGUCAAACUGUCUAAGCCUCUGUAUUUGUUCGGUUAUCUUAGCUCUCUCUUGUCAAACUGUCUAAGCCUCUAUAAUUGACAUGUUAUCAAAGCUCCCCGAGUGUCAGUCUGUUCAAAUCUCCGUAUUUGUCUGAUUUACAAAGCUCUUCCUUUUGCCAGACUUCUAAGGCUUUGUAUUUGUCAGAUUAUCAAAGCUGUCGUUUUAUCAAACUAUCUAAACCUCUGAUUUCUUUUAUCAGAUUAUUAAAGCUCUUGUUUGUAUUAGACUAAGCCUCCGCUGUAUCAGACUAUCUAAGCCACAGGUUGUAUGUAUCAGAUUGUCAAAUCUCUUACUUGUGUUAGAUAUUCAAUCAUUUCAUGUUAUAUUAUUAAGGUUUGUUAUCUUUGUACAUAAAAUGAUAAUACUGGGAUCCUACAUAUUACCUUAAAACAUUUUAUGUUUUUUCGCUGUAACUUUUACAUGUAUUUAAAAUAAUGAAAAAGAAUGGAAUUUUACCCAAAAAAUUAUGGGUUCUUAAUACACGUAAAUAUUCCUUUAUCAAAUAUGAAAUUAAACAUUGACCGUAGAAAUGUGUUUUUAAAGUAGGGCAUUAUAGCAGGAAAAAAUCGUGAAGACAACUCAAUUUACCGGACAUUGUGUUUCAAAAAAAUUUGAGGUCGUGAAUUGAAAUUAAUCUUUAAAUAAUCAGCAAGGAAACUACGACUAUUGAAUGGCAAGGUUAAGAUAUCGGAAAAACCAAGUAUGGCAGUAUUAACUCAAUUAACGUAUUGAUUCUUCAUAAUCCUAAAAGUAUGAAACAUUUUGAUAUUCAAAUGGAAUUCUGUUCUUUGUCAUACAGUUUCCUUUGGUCAUCAUGUAGCAUGUUGCAAAAGCAAUAAAAUCUACUUAAUUUACAAAUGUACAUUUCAUGUAGAAUGUCCUCCCAUGGGCGUUACCCGUUUCCUUAUAUGUUUUUUUUUAAUUUUGCAUUUCUUUGUAACAGACAACAAUGAGAUACUGUUUGAACUAAAUUUAAAAUUACUUUUUAUCAUUAAAAUAUGUUACGAUUGUCUUAUGCGAUAACAUUGAGAAGACAUAGUAGUAAAACCUAUCUAAAAUAACCCAUUAAGGGCCUCAAUAUUCGGGCAUUCCAAGAACAGAUUAUUCCCCGGCAUGACCAGGUCAUGAAAUAACUAGUAAACAAAAGGGUAUGUUAGUAAAUAAAGAACUGAAUCAACAAUAUUUACUUGAGAGUGGUUUUGUUGUUAUUUACUUUGAAAUAGAAAGCGUGUGUACGAUUCAGACCGGGUGAUUUUUUAAUCGAAGCAAAAAAUAAAGACUCAUUUGACAAGAAUAGAUUUUGUCCGGUAAAGUGAUUGUCCGGUAAACAUGAAGGAUCCCAGUAAAGUUUUUUUCUGACAGCAACUGUAUAUACAUUUUGAAUCAAUAACUUUUCAUGUAAAUAGCUUAUAUGUUUGAAUAAAUAAAAAUAUAUACUUUAAAAA